AUGCCGUUCUCGGACUUCACGCGUUACUUUUCUCGCUUGGAAUUCUGUCAUUUGGGCCCGGAAUCGGGGUCGUUCGGACGCUCUUUCAAACAGGACGAACGAAAACGACGUUGGGAAAUGACUCGAGAAGAGGGUGAAUGGGUAAAGCACUCAACGGCGGGUGGUUGUCGGAAUAAUGCAAGAACAUUCCAUAUGAACCCACAAUAUCGUGUCCAAGUUAUCGAUCCGGACGAAACGGAUGAUGAUAACACGGGUACCAUUAUUAUCGGGCUGAUGCAAAAAAGUCGUCGCGAGGUAUUUCAAGAGCAUCACACCAUUGGCUAUUCGAUUUAUCGCGUAAGUGAUCUAGAUAACAGUUACCGCAUUGCCCCAUUGUCCCGUGGGUAUGAGUAUACAGUAUCAAAUCUGCAUCCUUUUCUACUAUUCGCCUAUAAUUUCGUAAUACCGUUGGCAGUAAGUUUCAUCGUUAUAUCAAUUACACACACUUCAUAUCUAUACUCUAGGCUCUGCAACUGUCAUCGCCUAAGUCCGUAUCCUUGCUGUUUUAUCUUCAGUGCAUAUUGUGAUCAGUUGAUACCACACUGCCUAAACCAAAUGCAAAGUACUAAUGGUAAACAGGAAACUAGAAUAAAUUGUUAA